GGACACUCUUGCAUUGUCGUAUUCCAAGUGCGCAUGAAAAAGAUGGUGGAUAGGAAAUAGGGUCACAAUAUUUAGUAUCGAAUGUUUCGUGUUUUUAAGAGAAAUUCAUUCGAUAUAGUGUAAGUUCCUUUGUCUUACGCGUGAAUCCGCAAACCGAGAAUGGGUUCGAAUAAACGGCACAAGAACGAUAAGAGUCGGGACGUCAAGAAGAAGCGUCACCGAAGCCGUUCACGAAGUUACACGCCUGAACGCGAGAAAUCCGAAAAGCACAGGCAUCACAAAAAGCAUAGAAGGAAAGAACGCAAGGAUUAUGACAGUGAUGUCGAAAUAAUUAAUGCACCUCCUCCACCAAAAAUCUCUAAAUCUUCGCAUCUGUCGACACCCCCACCUCCUGAAAUUUCUAAACAGCGUAGCCCCUCACCCGUGAACAAAGGUGGUGGAGCACAGAACUCCCUGUCUAUUGAAGAGACAAACAAAUUGCGGGCAAAACUAGGUCUCAAACCACUGGAAGUUGACAGUGCCCCAAAAGAUGAUCCGAAUAAGAUUAAGGAUGACUUGGGAGAGUUUUAUCAUAAGCCUGCUCCUGAUGUUAACGAAAAGUUGAGAACGCAAAAAUUGAAAGAGAAGAUUGGUACCCAGAAACAGAAAAGAUUAAUCGAGGCUAAUCUAGCCAAAGUAAAAUCUUUAGGUGAACAUGAUUCUGAUGAUGAUACCAAAAAUUGGAUCGAUAAAACCAGGCACUUGGAAGCAGAAAAGAAAAAAGCAGAAGAAAGGGCAAAAAUGUUGGAUCAGUUAGAUGAAGAAUUUGGUAUAGGAAAUUUGGUUAAAGAAGAGAUGUAUGCUGCUCGCAAUACAGCGUAUACAAACAAAAACUUGAAGGGUCUAAAAGUGGAGCAUAAUAUUGAAAAAUUUGAAGAGGGAAAGACAGUUAUUUUGACGCUAAAAGAUCAAGGAGUAUUGGAUGAGGGUGAAGAUGUGCUCGUUAACGUGAAUAUAACAGACGAGGAACGUUAUCAACGUAAUAUACUAAAUAAAACUAAAAAGCCUGGUUACGACGCGUACGAUGAUGAUAACUUCGAUGAAUUUGGUUUUCCAAAGAAAACGAUUUUGGAAAAGUACGACGAAGAAAUAGAAGGCGAGAAGAAAGACACCUUCGUCCUAGGGACUAAUAUUAGCAAGGAAAUAAAACAGAACAAACUUGAUUACGUAAAGCAACGUUUAGCGAACAAGCGGUUAGAAACGUUACAAAUGGCAGAACCAAAAUUAGCCAGCGAAUACUAUAAUGAACAAGAACUUACGAAAUUCAAGAAACCAAAGAAGAAAGUUCGAAAGAUUAGGAAAAAACUGAAAGCAGAGGAUUUGAUUCCUGAAGAUAACGAUUAUCUUCGAGAUCUUGGUAGUAGGAGAAGCAAGCGAACAGAAGAUGUAGUAAAGGAAAAUGAUACUUUGGAUGUAGACGAUUUAGGAGCUCCCGCUGAAGAUCUAAGUGGAAUAAAAUUGGAAGAAGAUGAUAAAGAAUUAGAUCUGCCAGUAGCUUUGAAGAAGGCUCAACGGCUCAAGGAAUCGCAAGCGUCGAAUAUUGAAAAGGUAGUAGAAACCAUAAAGCAAGAGCCAACGGGUUCUGAGGAGAAUCAGUCUGGAAAUAUUGUCCUAAAUGCUACUGCAGAAUUUUGCCGAACUCUUGGAGAUAUUCCUACUUAUGGUCUUGCUGGGAACAGAGAGGAGAACGAUCAGGAAUUGAUGGAUUUCGAGAUGGAUGGAGUCAAAGAAGAACCACCGAUAAAUGAGGAAGAGGAUGAUGGCCGUGGCGCAUGGAAUACCGUACAGCUGGAUGAAAACACAUCGGAACCAGUAGCAAUGGAAGCUGCUAUUUUAGACGCAGAACCUUCGCUUGGCCAUGGUGUUGGCGGAGCAUUGAAGCUCGCUAUGAGCAAAGGUUAUUUGCAAAAAGAGGAUAGUAGUAGGCCAUCGGCGUCUCGCUUUGCGCACUUGCAGGCACAGAAUUACUCGAUAGAAGACAAAACUUACGGCGAUGACGAUAAAUUUGGCAGACGGGAUCGUUUUAACGGUCCCACAUCUGAGUUCAAGGAGAAGGAUGGCUUUAAACCGAACGUAAAGCUAGAGUACAUCGACGACGAUGGCCACGUUUUAAGUGCGAAGGAAGCUUUCCGUUAUCUGUCACACAAGUUCCAUGGAAAAGGUCCAGGAAAGAAUAAGGUCGAGAAGCGAAUGAAAAAAGCGGAACAAGAAGUUCUGAUGAAACGGAUGUCAUCUACGGAUACGCCGUUGGGUACGCUUAAUUUACUGCAAGCGAAACAGAAAGAAACUCAAUCGCCAUACAUAGUACUCAGCGGAAGCAAGCAAAUGCAGACGACUAGCAUAUCGAAGUCGAAGCAUUAAUACUUUCUUUAAACAAGAAUUGUACAUAAUAUAGGAGCAAAUCAAAUUGAUACAUUUUUCCAAACAAAAUAAUAAUCGUGGAAAUAUUGCACAUUCUUCGUUUGAUUUGUUAAUAUACGUACACGAUAAUAAAGAAUUGUGAAUUGUGAAA